CUUCUGUUCUCGCGUGACUUCACUUCACUCACCCGGCGAAUUGAUCUCAAGACGCAAAUGAGGAAUAGAUUGAAGGUGGAGAAGGAUGUUCUGUUUCCGCGCCUUCAUUGUGUGUUGUGCGGAAUAAAAAAAAUAAAUAUAUAAUAAAGUCAAUUGUAAAACUCCCUCCUCCUGUUUCCAACACAGCUACCUCCCUCCUCCCCCCACCCUCGCUCUGUCUUCUUCUUCUACUCCUCCUCCUCAUGCAUUACAGUCCGGGCGCCCGGCGAACCGGCUCCUGCCAUGUCGGUGGGAAAUGCGGCGGCUGGCAUCGGUGAGACAACGAUUGGAGAGACGACAGAGGAUCAGUUGGUUUUUGGGAGCCAGGGUCCUACAACGUCUUUCUCCAGCUUAAUUUCUCCUCCUACUGCAGUUGUAUCUUCAGACUUGGUUAAGUCCAUGGUGGAGUUUCCCAGGAAACGUAAGGGCAGUACAGAUAACCAAGAAAUUGUUGAUGUGGACAUGGAAGAAUUACAAGACAAGACUGAUGGAGAAGAUCAGCACACAAAAAUGAAAUGUUUCAGAGAACCACACAGCCAGAUUGAAAAAAGAAGAAGAGAUAAAAUGAAUUAUCUGAUAGAUGAGCUCUCAGCCAUAAUCCCAACUUGUAACCCAAUGUCUCGAAAACUAGAUAAACUUAUAGUCUUGAGAAUGGCUGUGCAACAUUUAAAAUCAAUGAAAGGUGCUGGAAGUUCUUUUACUGAAGCCAGUUACAAGCCUUCAUUCUUACCAGAUGAUGAGCUUAAGCAACUUGUCCUCCGGGCUGCAGAUGGGUUCCUAUUUGUUGUUGGAUGUGAUCGAGGAAAAAUACUUUUUGUCUCAGAGUCUGUUUCCAAGGUCCUUAACUAUGGCCGUGCUGAACUAAUUGGACAGAGCCUUUUUGAUUAUGUGCAUCCAAAGGAUAUUGCCAAGGUGAAAGAACAACUUUCUGCUUCUGAUGUAUCACCACGGGAGAGACUAAUAGAUGCCAAAACUGGGUUGCAGGUACAGACAGACAUUCCAUUAGGGACAGCUCGACUGAGUUCUGGUGCUAGAAGAUCAUUUUUCUGCCGUAUGAAGUGCAACAGGGUAGGAAUGAAGUCAGAUGACAAGGAAUGUUCUCAGCCAAAUGCUUCAAAGAAAAAAGAUGCUCGAAAAUACUGCACAGUUCACUGCACUGGUUAUAUGAAGAGCUGGCCAGCCACUCAAGUUGGGAUAGAAGUCGAAAAUGAUGCAGAGAAAGAAAGCAGUAAUUUCAGCUGCCUUGUGGCUGUUGGUCGUUUACAUCCUCAUAUAAUUCCAUGUGAUAAGGGAGAGAUUAAAGUCAAACCUGCGGAGUUUGUUACCCGAUUUGCUAUAGAUGGCAAGUUUGCUUUUGUGGAUCAACGAGCUACUACCAUAUUGGGCUAUUUGCCCCAAGAACUGCUGGGAACCUCUUGCUAUGAAUACUUCCACCAGGAUGAUCUUCUGCACUUGGCUGAUAGACAUAGAAAAGUUUUGCGUAGUAAAGAGAAGAUUGAAACAAAUUACUACAAAUUUAAAACUAAAUAUGGGUCAUUUGUUACUCUUCAAAGUCGAUGGUUUAGUUUCACUAACCCCUGGACCAAAGAAGUAGAGUACAUAGUGUCCACAAACACAGUCAUAUCGUCCAGGGAAUUUUGUGAAACUUUGCCACAAUCAGGUGACUCUAAGACAUCUGAAGAAUCAAGAAACACACACUUCCCAGCAAUUCCUGGAAGCUCCAGUGGUACAGUGAUUGGUGCCGGAAGUAUUGGGACUCAGAUUGCUAGUGAACUGAUGGAUGGCAAUAGGUUAAACUCCUCACCAUCUAGUGGGAAUGCAAGCCCUUUCAGUGUAGUUCAAGACAAAUCCGCACUGUCCUUAGUUCAAACCAGCAACCAUGUGCCAAAUGGAGAAUCGGUGCACUCAGGAUGCUCUGCAAAGCCUAGUGAAGAAAGUGAUAGCCAGAAUAGCAUAUUUCCACUUGGUAAUGCUUUAUUAAAUGAGCCCUCUCAACUGGAUCUUGAUAUGGUGGUGGGACCUGGCUUACCUAGCCUUAGUAACGAUGAAACUGCAAUUGCUGUAAUCAUGAGCAUUUUAGAAUCUGAUAAUGGACUAAAUGAUGCAGUGGACUUCAAUGAAAUGCAUUGGUCUCUCUAGAGUUUUGUUUUUAAAUGAAUUUAUUAUUAUUAUUAUUAUUAUUAUUAUUAUUAUUAUUAUUAUUAUGAUUAUUAUUAUAUAAACUUAUAUUAUGGGCAAAAUGGUAAAAAAAGGACCAAACCAUCAUUUGUGAUACAAAGUGAAAUAGUUUUAUUAACUGUAUGAAUUUUUCCCUGUCACAUUUUACUAUGUUUAUCUGUAAAACUGUGUAUGCAAUUAGGGAUAUCAUUUGUCUUAAGAAGAUUGAGUAAUUUAUACCUAAUAACUGUUCAGUAGUAUAGCUGUUCUUUUCUGCUUAGUAAAUGGAGUAGAGGGAGGUUUGGGGCUAGCCAGCCUGAUAGUGGAAGGACCUAUUUAAAUUUUGUUUCAAUUACUGCAAGAAAACAAGUUAAUAGUUAAAGUCAAGAUUACUCUUACAUCACAAACAGAUUAAUCACAGUAUCAUACAGCUGAAGGUCACUGAUAAAGUGAGUGUGCUUUAGUUACUGGGAUUAAACAAUUUAGGUUAGUAGAGCAACCCAAUAAAAAAUAGGCUUAUUUUCUGUUACAGGCAGUAAAAUGGUUUUACACAAAUGCAAAAUUUCCAUACAAAGGAAAAUAAAAAUCAUUUAUUUAUUUCUUAGAGAAAUGAAAGCUGUAUUCUUGUAUUUUACUUGUUAAUUAUGGCAUUUUAGAUCUUUUUGUAAUGUUUAUUUUUUAUGAAGCAGCCUCUAUUGUGUUGAUGUGUUUUUUUGUUUAAUUUAGUAUUUCAGUAUUUAGCUUGAAUCGUGUAUUGGGUUUGCAUCCAUCUUUUUUGUGAUGCUUUGAAUUUUUUUUUUAUCUUGGUAGGGUCCUUUUUAUAAACCUCAGAAAUGCAAUUUAUUCUUUGCUUUAUUUGGAAUGUGACUUUUCUAGGUUGCGCACUGCUUCACUAUAGCAGAUAAGAGAAGGUCUAAAAAUUAGGUUAUUUACCAAAAUUUCAUUAAAGCACUCGCCUGACCUUUUUAUUACACGUUUAGAUAUUUUCCAGAAAAUAUAAAAAUAGAAUGACAUCAAUGUCUUUGCAAACAAAACUAUUUAUUGUUUGAUAAUAAAUUAUCAACAUUAUGAGAUGUUUACUUUUUUGAUACUGUAUUGUACAAAUGGGGACUGGGUAGAGAUUUGGAUUGUUUUGCUCAAUGCAUUAAUUGUAUGUAUGUUUUGCAGCUUCUCAUCAUGUGUAAAAUAGGUGAUCUUUAUGAGGAUACUUAAAAGUGACAGUUUUAUUCAUUUCAAGAGAUGUGGAUUCAUAAUUUUAUACUUGUGUUAAUUUAUCUGAAAAUCUGUUUUUAAAAUCAAUGUUAUGUUACAUUCAUAAUACAUUUCAAAUUUCUAUAAAACUGUAAAUGGAGGUUUAAAUUAUACUAAUGACAGUUAAAGUUUAAAGGUUAGCAUUAUGUAAUAAUUUUUUACCUGAAUUCUACAAAAAUCAAUUGUUUAUUAACAUGUAUUAACCUACAGGAAUUCUCAUUUUUUGUGGCUGGUAAGAAAUUAAUUAUCUUGGAUAUAAUCUGUAUAUGGAGUAUUUUCUUAAUUGGAAUCUUAGUACAUACUCUCAUUUGCUCCUCACAAAACUAAACAUUGUGGUCUUUUUUGAUAGAGUUGUCUUUUGUAUUUUUCUUUCACUAGUUUUAGCAUGAAAGUGAAUACAGUAUCCCAUUUACUGUUUUUAAUGUUUGGAAGAUAGUUUCUUUAGAAGUUGUAACACAUAUUAAGAUUUGAAGUACACACUAAAGUUAACACAGUGACCUUCAUUUUUAACCAUUUAUUUGGGUUUAUGGUGACAGUAAGCUUUUGUAGGUACAGUAAGUUCUUUGCUCAAAUUUACUUGAGAACUGUUCAAAUUUUAGAACAUUGGUUUCUUUAAAAGUGUUGAAGAUAUAAUGAAAAUUUCAAUAUACAGUAGGUAUUCAAAAUAAAAUUCAGUUUAACUGUAUUACAUUACUACACGAGUCUCGAACCAGGUCAUUGUAAACUGUCAUGCAUGUGUGAUUUGUAACUAUAUUUGGAACUUAUUAUUUUUUUCCAUGAAAGCAUUGACUGUUUUCUUGUAUAAUGUCAUUUUAUACAGGUAUUUGAAGCAUUGCCCCUAAUAUACCAUUUUGUAAAUGUUUGUGGCAACUGCAUCAUACUCAGGAUAAUAAAACUUAAAGUAUCUGUUUCUCCUA